AUGGCUCGACAUCUAUUGUUUCCUUUUGUUUUUGGUUUAUUCAUUUGCAUCCAUGCCGCUCCAGGUUUUGGAGGCGGAAGUGACUGGAGUGGCGGUGGCGUCUUCGUAAAAGGUGGAUUCGCAGGCGGUGGCUUUGAAGGGGGUGGCAGCGGUUUUGGCAAUGGCCACGGAGGCGCUGGUGGACUCGACAGUGGCGAAGUUGGCGGCGAUGGAUUAGCUGGUGAUAACGGAGGCAACCUCGGCCUAGGCAGUUGGGGUGGCCUUGAUGGUCAAUAUGACGGUGACGUACUCGAUAUCAAUAACGGGGGCGUUGGUUUAGACGGCGCCAACGGACUAAGUGCCGCUGGAGACGGAUACAACGACGGUGAUGAACUUGACUUUGGUGAACUUGAGAACGAAGGUGGAUCAUACGGCGGCCAUAGGUACGCCAGAUUCAGCACCAGGGGCAGUGCAAGCGCCAGUUCCAGUUCCAGCGCCAGCGCUGGUGGCGGCCAUGGCGCCAGCUCUAGUGCCAGCUCCAGCGCCAGUGCGAGCGGCAGUUCCAGCGCUGUUGCCAGUGCCAGCGCCAGUGCCAGCUCCAGCGGACGC